GAAACUAAAUGUAGUUAUGCUAAAGUGAAACUUGCACCAUUGUUAGACAGCUGGGUGUGUGCUGAGUGUUGUGCUAUAAAAGGCUUUCUCUACCUGCCAACUUAUCAGACAGGCAGCUGAGGAAACACUUGUUGUACAGAGAUCAGCUGUUACAGAGAUGUUGGGAGGAAAAGCUUGGAUCCCAGGUUGCACCCUGCUUGUGCUGGUCACGUUAUGUGGUGAAACUGCUCACUGCCAAAACCAACACAAAGGUUCGACACAUCUGAAAGACCUGAGACUCAUUCUGCUUGGAAAAACAGGAUCAGGAAAGAGUGCUUCUGGAAACACCAUCCUGGGGAGGGAAAAUGCCUUCAGAGAGGAAAUAUCCCCUGAGUCUGUGACUAAAGGCUGUCACAGAGAAGAGGUCAACGAUGGUGACAGGAACAUUGUUGUCAUCGACAGCCCAGGACUGUUUGACACAAACAAAACACAAAAAGAAGUGAAGUUAAAAAUUGAGGAGUGUAUUAACCAGUCAGUUCCUGGACCCCAUGCUUUUCUGUUAGUGAUCAGUCUCAAGUCAAGAUUCACUGAUGAGGAGAGGGCAGCUGUGACGUGGAUCCAGGAUAAUUAUGGCUCAGAUUCUUCCAUGUAUACCAUAGUCCUGUUUACACAUGCUGACUUGCUGGAGGGUAAAUCUGUGGACGACUACGUGGCAGAGAGCAAACAUCUACAAAGACUGAUAAACCAGUGCGGAGGAAGAUACCAUUCACUCAUCAAUGACAAGAGACGAAGCAGAAUCCAGGUCAGAGAGCUCCUGGAGAAGAUAGAGAAAAUGGUGAAGUCCAACGGAGGAAGACACUACACCAAUGAGAUGUACCAGAGAGCCCAGAAGAAACUUGAGGAGGAGAGGAAAAAGAGGGAGGAGGAGGAAGCGCGAAGAAAGAGGGAAGAGGAAGAGAGGAUCAGAGAGGAGGAGAAAAAACGUGAUUGGUGUAAAGUGAUAGCUGCUGCUUCCAUUGGUAUGGUUGCAACAGGAAUGUUAUUUGCCUCAAAUCCUCUCAUGAUAGGAGGUGCAACACUUGCACUCACUCAAGGUUAUGAUUGCACGAUAGAUAUGUUUAUGUGUGCUGAUUGUUGUUCCAUAAAAGAAUCUCUUCACCUGCCAACAUAUCAGACAGCUGAGGAAACACUUGUACAGAGAUCAGCUGUUACAGAGAUGUUGGGAGGAAAAGCUUGGAUCCCAGGUUGCACCCUGCUUGUGCUGGUCACUUUAUGUGGUGAAACGGCUCACUGCCAAAACCAACACAAAGGUUCGACACAUCUGAAAGACCUGAGACUCAUUCUGGUUGGAAAAACAGGAUCAGGAAAGAGUGCUUCUGGAAACACCAUCCUGGGGAGGGAAAAUGCCUUCAGAGAGGAAAUGUCCCCUGAGUCUGUGACUAAAGAAUGUCACAGAGAAGAGGUCAAUGAUGGUGACAGGAACAUUGUUGUCAUCGACAGCCCAGGACUGUUUGACACAGACAAAACACAAGAAGAAGUGAAGUUAAAAAUUGAGGAGUGUAUUGACCCGUCAGUUCCUGGACUCCAUGCUUUUCUGUUAGUGAUCAGUCUCAAGUCAAGAUUCACUGAUGAGGAGAGGGCAGCUGUGAUGUCGAUCCAGGAUAAUUUUGGCUCAGAUUCUUCCAUGUAUACCAUAGUCCUGUUUACACAUGCUGACUUGCUAAAGGGUAAAUCUGUGGACGACUACGUGGCAGAGAGCAAACAUCUACAGAGACUGAUAAACCAGUGCGGAGGAAGAUACCAUUCACUCAUCAAUGACAAGAGACGAAGCAGAAUCCAGGUCAGAGAGCUCCUGGAGAAGAUAGAGAAAAUGGUGAAGUCCAACGGAGGAAGUCACUACACCAAUGAGAUGUACCAGAGAGCCCAGGAGAAACUUGAGGAGGAGAGGAAAAAGAGGGAGGAGGAGGAAGCGCGAAGAAAGAGGGAAGAGGAAGAGAGGAUCAGAGAGGAGGAGAAAAAACGUGCUUGGUGUAAAGCGAUAGCUUAUUCUUCCAUGGGUAUUGUUGCAACAGGAGUGUUAUUUGCCUCAAAUCCUCUCAUGAUAGGAGGUGCAGCACUUGCACUCACUCAAGGUUAUGAUUGCACGAUAGAUAUGUUUACUCCUUAGAGUCCUGAAUCUUAAACUGAAAUAUCAGUUUGCAUGCUUUCUUUGUUGUUGGGAAUUGGGAACGUGCUAUAUACAUCUGUUUCUCUAUAUGUGAUUAUGUGGUCUAUAAACAUUUUUCAAUAAAGUCUGAAGUUCAGCUCAGAUCUGGCA